UCCACGAAACUCUAGAGAGAGAAAGAGAGUCAUUAAUGUCUUCAAUGCCGGAGCCAAACCACUUCAGCGAUUACGGCUUCGAUCCCCAGAUCGACUUCUUUCAGGGUCUAGAGGCAUCGAGAAGAAAUAGACGGGACAAUAGUAGUAAUAAUAAUAAUAAUGGCAUGUCGAGAUCAGUGGAUUCGAGCUUCCAUUUCAAGCUUCAAAAACCCAUCUCAAAAGAUGAGUUGAGGAUUAGGUUAAAGAAGCAAAAGCAGUCAAAAUGGUGGCGUAACGCUUUCCUCUUCAUUAGGAAAGGCUGGGACUAUAGCGGUUGUCGCCCUGCCGCUGGACAAGAUCACAAUACUAUAGGCGGGGUUAACAAUCAUGCCCUUAUCUGGAUCGGAUCUACAUCGCCGUCGCCGGUUUUUUUGACAGAGAAUUCGAGCACGCCGGAGGAGGAGGAGGAAGAAGAAGAGAUCCCGUACAUCAGCCUCACGGCAGAGCCUCAGCUGUGGAGGAAUUCCACGUCAGCAAUGCCUUUAUACCUAGUCACGUGAAUAGAAUCGGCGAUAAUUCAUUAAUUAUUAUUAUAAGUUAAUUAGUUGUGUGUUAAGUUAGCUAAUGGCGGUUUUGAGUGUGAUUUCCUUUUAAAAAAUCAUUAAACGCCUUUGUCUUUAUUUUUAUUUGAUUAUUAUGUAUGUGCUUUGUUUUCAUGGAUAUUCCUUCCUUUAUUUUAUUUUACUUAAGAAGAUUUGGAAUUUUAUUAUU